GCAUUUUCAGUACAGGGAAUGGGCCCUGUAGGUGAAUUCACAUUACAACUUCCGUAAUAAUCUACAGCUCUGUGUCGUCAAUUUGGGGAGGAUUUGUGCCUCAUAUUGGAAUUCUGUGUCGCUUGGAGAGUUGGAUACGGCGACGACGUGCUCUUAACGUGUGUUUUUUCAUUGGAUGUAUGGGCGGCUUAGGCCGAAAAUGGUGUUUUUUAAUGGCUCUGUCAAGUUAAAGGUAUGCGAGGCGUCGGAUCUCAGACCCACCGACUUUGCCCUACGCCAUCAAAUGGGCCCCAACAAAGCAGUGACCCUCAUAGAUCCAUAUGUGUCUAUAAACGUUGAUGAGUUGUUUGUGGCUAGAACGACUUCUAAAGCAAAGACAUGUCGCCCAAUUUGGAAUGAGGAUUUUGUCGCCGAGGUGCACAAUGGACAAAACAUCGGUCUAACUGUGUUUCACGAUGCGGCAAUUCCGCCUGACGAAUUUGUCGCGAAUUGCACCAUUUUAUUCGAGGAUUUGGUGGACAAGAAGGCAGAUAUAUGGAUUGACUUGGAACCCACAGGAAAGGUUCACGUCCUAGUCGAACUGAAUGGCUCGUCCUCCGAUGACCGCCAGUUGGACAGAGAGGAAGCCACUGUAGGGUCCGUAGCACAGAAAGAUCAAAGAGAAAGAGUAUUUAAGGAAAAAGAUGGCUUGCUCAAUCGGCGGCGUGGUGCUAUGCGAAGGCGGGUCCACCAGGUCAACGGACACAAGUUCAUGGCAACAAUUUUACGACAACCAACAUUUUGCUCACUUUGUAGGGAUUUUAUAUGGGGACUUGGGAAGCAGGGCUACCAGUGUCAAGUUUGUACUUGUGUUGUUCAUAAACGCUGUCACGAGAUUGUGGUCACCAAGUGUCCGGGCUGCACCAAGGAAGGUGAUGAGGCCACGGGCACAAGGUUCAAUAUCAACGUUCCUCAUCGGUUUUGUGUCCAUAGUUACAAGCGUCCCACAUUCUGUGACCACUGUGGGUCACUUCUCUAUGGGAUCAUAAAGCAAGGCUUGCAAUGUGACGCAUGCAAAAUGAACAUCCACAAACGUUGUCAAAAGAAUGUGGCCAAUAACUGUGGUAUUAAUGACCGGAUGCGGGACAUGGCCCAGAUUCUGCAUGACCUGGGAAUCUCAGGAGACAAACUCAGUGGCAAGCCCAAGAAGUGUUGUGCUUUUCAGCCCUCAUUUAGUGAGUCUCCCAACAAGAGUGCUGCAACAGUUCAUGAAAGAUCUUACUCAUCACCAAUACCUGCCAUGCCAGAUGCAUAUGAGGAUGUGUUAAUGGAAGCAGGUCGUCAUACAUUUAUGGGGGACACGUUGAUGGUGUCAUCCACUAAUGACCACCAGAGAGCCAGGAGUCCAUCACAAGAGCGUGGGGCACGCAUGCGUUACCAUCUCACAGACUUCAACUUUAUCAAAGUUCUUGGGAAAGGAAGUUUUGGGAAGGUGAUGCUGGCUGAGUGCAAGGGUACAGAUGAGGUGUUUGCUGUGAAAGUGUUAAAGAAAGAUGUGAUAUUACAAGACGAUGAUGUGGAGUGUACAAUGACAGAGAAGAGGAUACUGGCUCUGUCGGCUAAGCACCCCUUCCUCACUGCACUACACUCCUCUUUCCAGACAAAGGAGCGCUUGUUCUUCGUGAUGGAAUAUGUCAAUGGAGGCGAUCUCAUGUUCCAAAUACAGAGAGCUCGCAAGUUUGACGAGCCACGGGCACGCUUUUAUGCUGCUGAGGUGACACUAGCGCUCAUGUUCUUACACAAAAAUGGAAUUAUCUAUAGAGAUUUAAAAUUAGACAACAUUCUCCUUGAUGCGGAAGGCCACUGUAAGAUUGCUGACUUUGGUAUGUGCAAGGAAGGAAUGUUCGAGAACAGAACUACGCAGACAUUCUGUGGGACGCCAGACUAUAUUGCUCCAGAGAUUCUGCAAGAGCUGGAGUAUGAUGCGUCUGUGGACUGGUGGGCACUGGGGGUGCUCAUGUACGAGAUGAUGGCAGGCCAGCCACCGUUUGAGGCAGACAAUGAAGAUGACCUGUUUGAGUCUAUACUUCACGACGAUGUGCUCUACCCGGUCUGGCUCAGCAAGGAGGCAGUAGCCAUUCUCAAAGGGUUUAUGACAAAGAACCCAGCAAAGCGACUAGGCUGUGUUAAAACCCAGGGCUGUGAGAAAGCUAUUCUCAUUCACCCGUUUUUCCAUGAGAAAAUUGACUGGGAGGCAUUAGAACAGCGGAAGGUGAAACCGCCCUUCAGACCAAAAAUUAAAAACAAAACGGAUGCCAACAACUUUGACCGGGACUUCACGUCGGAGGAGCCUGUGUUGACACCGAUGGAUCCAACCAUGGUGAAGUCCAUUAACCAGGAAGAGUUCCGAGGAUUCUCGUUCAUCAACCCUGACUACGGCAAGCUGGACCUAGAGGGCGCCACAGGCACAUGUGCUGCUGCCUCUUCAGCUGUGGGGACAGGGCACUAGUGUCUCCCACCCCUAUCUACCAGCACCCCUCCCACAGACAGACCGACAGACAGAUGGACACACAAUGGCCCUACAUAGUUAUUUAUUGAAUCCCAGUUCACUCUGAGCAUUGGAGGUCCUGAGAUGUAUGUUUGAACUGUGAAGCCGUCUCUCUGAAGGGCGGACAAAUCCAGCCGCUCUGUCCUUCAGCCACUGCGGAUGGCACUCUCUCCUGUAUUUAUUGAUUCCAUGGCCUCAGAAUCACUCCUGAUAUCUUCAUGCUGUGUAGGAGGUAUGGAGGCUCAGAUGGAACUGUUUUAACUUUGGUUUAUUGUCUAUCAACUGUUGGACGGCUCCACCACAUAACAUGUUUAUUUAUUCAAAUCAAGUCUUCUUUGUUUUGGGUUUUUCUUCCUGAGUGAGAAUGAGUCAGUUUGAUCCCGUUGACCACUGAUAGUUAAGGCUUUUGUUAUUUCACAUGAUAUUAAGUUUAUGGUGACUCUAAGCCCUGUGUUCAUUUUGUUAUGACUGAUUCCUCUAAGGUAUCAAGUAUUACUUGUCAUAAUACAUGCUCAGCAUUUCUUCUACAUACAGUUAAUGAGGCUGCAGGCAAGUGUGGCCGGUGUCUGCCCAAUGUUUAAGAAUCAUGGAAUAAUGGGAUUCAGAGCUGCAGUGAUUGUUCAACCAAGUUGGUGAAUGAUGUUGGCCUCAUUUCCUGAGUCCAUUAAGACAAGGCGGUUUCAGACUCUGGGAUGCUAGAUCUCCCAGCUCCCUCCUUUUUGCAGCAUUUCUGUCGCCUUCAAGUUUUUCUUCUUUUCUUUAACUUUGGUGUUGAGCCUCUUAGAUUUGAUAAUGAGCUAUCAGAGAAAUCUGAGGCAGCAUUUUAUAAUAAAUAACCUUCAAAUAAUUAAAGAAAAUGCAUAAUUAUAGCCUCUACUUGUCCCCUACCCAAUAUAUUUAUUCUCCAGGAAGAUGUAAAUCAAUAGUGUUCUGUUGUAUAUGAGAAUGUUAUUCUUAAAGCUGUACAAAUCCAGUGAUGUAAGGAGCUUUGCAUUUGAAUGUUCUAUUAUGGCAUAAAAUGUCAGCUAACCUCUUUUAUGCUAAGUCCAAUUUUUUGUGCAAGUUUGCCUGACAACCGUCAUUAAAAAUCUCUCAUUUCUCCAUUGUUAAUGAAAGUUGGUGGAAAGCCUGUUCAAUUUGCCAAAUCAUAAUAUACAAUCUGUUGUUCAGUGUCCAUGCAUGGUUGACCUGUUGGCUACAUAUCAAUGUGGUGGCCAUCUUGCAAUGUGACCUAUUUUUUACAUUUAAUACUGUUAUCUCAACAACUCUCCCCUGGUCUUUUUGACAAAGAUUAUCCUUGCAUGGUUGAGACACUUCCGACUGAAUGUAGUGAACUUGGUAACCACACUGAUCAGUACAAAGUAAGAUUUGUCCUCUUCUGCUAAUGUCUUUUUAUUCAUUCAUUGACUACCAAACACUACACAUUUAGAUGUAAUUUUAUCCUUCCAGGUUAAUUCCUAUUUUAUGAAAAAAAGUAUUCCAUAGAAGAUGAUGACUAUUCAUAGGAAUCCUGCUUUGCCAUAAAGCCCAGGGCUAGUAUUGUCAUAUUGUUGCAAGAUGUCCUUCAUCUAAUGCAUUGUCAGAGUACUGACUUUUCAUGUGCAAUAUGGGUAUUUUAGCAUCAAGACAGUUGUGUUCCUGUUAUUAUUAUUAUUAUUAAUAAUUGUUUAUGAAAGCUGUAGCUAUAUGCAUAUUAAAGACUCUAUAUUCAAGUUUUCAUGGAAACAGAAUGACGAUGAUCUGUAACACGAUAUUCCUGGCCCAUCUGUGAGUAUGGCCUUGUGCUGCAUUUGUCAACUCAUAUGUUUAUUUAAAACUCAUAUUAUUGAGAUAAACAUUAUUUUACUAUUUUUCCUUGAAAUAUUGCUUUUCUCUUUAAUAUGCAUUUGGCAUGUCAUGAGAAAUAAGUUUUUCACAGGAGUGCACUAUCUUUUUUGUUUCUCUAUUAUAUAUAAUAUAUUGUGAAUACAAUGGCUUUUAGGCAGGCCUUGACUGUUGAUUUUUUAUGUGUAAAUUAUGAAUAUUUGUAAAAAUGUUUGGUAUGAUACACCUGACACAAGUGACCACAGAUAACCUAGGCAUGUCCAAUCUGCAUUGUGUUGUUAGGCAUGUGUUACUCGCUGAUUGCACUAGGUCCCAUCUCUCCUCUGUCUGUCUCUCUCUCUCCCUCUCUCACACACAUACACACACUGAGAUGGGGUGUUACUAUUAACUACUUUUAACAGUAUCUUAUUGAGUCCUUCACAGGAACGUUGUGUGCAUGUUGAACAUGGUGUUGUGCAGAGACCAACCGUAGGGAUGCAGUGAAUCCCAGCAAGGGCAUUAGUCUCAACAUGGGAUACUCAAUUUACUAGGAUCAAAAUUGCUGAUAUUAACACUAAGUGUAAUUUAUUUCUGUAUCUUGGAGGAAACAUGCUGAAUUCAUUCAUACUUUCUGAAAGAUAAUGUCUCCUCACCUAAACGGUAGAUAAUAUGCUGAUGGCUGCAAGUUGAGCAAUCAUGCAUACAUUGGACUCUAUCUUUGUAGAAUUAUUAGAGAUGCCUACUAGUAUAUCAUUUAUGUGCCAAAAGUAGCAUUAAACCUGAAAGAGAAUAAUUCUGUUAGAUUAAUUUACCUAAUAAAGGUAGAGAUCAAUGAAUUUCUUCUAUCAUUUCAUAGUAAUGCCAUCAACUGGAUAUCAAGUGAAAUAAGUACUUAAAGGACACAUCAGAAUUGUUCAGGGUAUAACAGGCUACCCUGUUAAAGGAUAAUAUUAACUUCGUCCCAUAUGCUUCAUGUUUUCAAAUUGUUUGUUCAUGAACUAAGUAAUUUUUUGUCCUGUUAAACAUGUCAUUGCAGUUGCGAGAGAAAAAUAAUUUUUUAUUUCAAAAGUUAAGGAAAUGCAGUUCUGUGAGGUUUCUUAAUCUCUGACCAUCAGUAUGUGAUAGUCUCAUUCUAGGUAGAAAAAGUUUGGUAAGUGAGAAGCUUAAUAUUUAAUGUACUUGUUAGAAGUAUGAAUGUUUCAGGAGAAACCUGAAACCAGAUGAACAACAUUUGAUAUUUGACGAUUGAAACACCUUGUUCUGUUGGAGCUCAAUCUCUAGUCAACUUUUUCAUUAUUCAUUAAGGAAAUCUAAUCCUGCAGCUAUUCUUGGUGAGAAUAUCCCCGAUUUGUGCAAUAUGAGACAUAUUUCCUACAAAGCCAGCAUACAGAGGGUACCUUUAUGACAUAUUGGCUUGCUCAAUGUAUAGUAUUCCCAAGGUGCAAAUCCAUCAUGGAUAUACUAGAACAUAUAUGUAUUUCUGGUUUAAGCAAAGUAAGAGCCAGAUUGUGAACCACACCGUAUUAAGUUGUUAAGUUCAUAGCAGACUGUAUAGGUGACAAGUAUGUUGUUUCUGUGGUGAGUUGGGUCAGUUUCUGUUUUCACUGUUAUGGAGCAAGGAAUCUCCAGAGCAAUCUAUGGUAGGGCUGUGCAGCAAGCUCAGUUCCCCACCAGCAACACCUGAUCUUCAGUUCAAUCACUUCUGUCCACACAUCACAAAUAUUUCAACAUGGGUCUAAGAUAAGGCCAGGGGCAGUAGGCAUCAUGGAUGUUGCAGCUGGGACUGUAUGCCCUCUGCUUGCCCUGCGCAUCUAUGUGGUGCAAUACUCUCUCCUUGUCAUGGUCUCAUCUCGGAAGUAGUCAUACCACUCAGGUAGUCUGUGCGGUGAUGCAUCUCUCCCUGCCUCUUGACACCUUCUUCACACCACCACUACAACAACCACCACCCGAUCCCAUAUCCAACACAGCCUGUAUGGUGAUGCAUCUCUUCCUGCCUCUUGACACCUUCUUCACACCACCACCACUACAACAACCACCACCCGAUCCCAUAUCCAACACAGCCUGUAUGGUGAUGCAUCUCUUCCUGCCUCUUGACACCUUCUUCACACCACCACCACUACAACAACCACCACCCGAUCCCAUAUCCCACACCACACAGCCUGUAUGGUGAUGCAUCUCUCCCUGCCUCUUGACACCUUCUUCACACCACCACCACUACAACAACCACCACCCGAUCCCAUAUCCCACACCACACAGCCUGUAUGGUGAUGCAUCUCUCCCUGCCUCUUGACACCUUCUUCACACCACCACCACUACAACAACCACCACCCGAUCCCAUAUCCCACACCACACAGCCUGUAUGGUGAUGCAUCUCUUCCUGCCUCUUGACACCUUCACACCACCACCACUACAACAACAACCACCACCCGAUCCCAUAUCCCUCACCACACAGCCUGUAUGGUGAUGCAUCUCUCCCUGCCUCUUGACACCUUCUUCACACCACCACCACUACAACAACCACCACCAGAACCCAUAUCCCACACCACACAGCCUGUAUGGUGAUGCAUCUCUCCCUGCCUCUUUGACACCUUCUUCACACCACCACCACUACAACAACCACCACCCGAUCCCAUAUCCCACACCACACAGCCUGUAUGGUGAUGCAUCUCUCCCUGCCUCUUGACACCUUCUUCACACCACCACCACUACAACAACCACCACCCGAUCCCAUAUCCCACACCACACAGCCCGUAUGGUGAUGCAUCUCUUCCUGCCUCUUGACACCUUCUUCACACCACCACCACUACAACAACCACCACCCGAUCCCAUAUCCCACACCACACAGCCUGUAUGGUGAUGCAUCUCUCCCUGCCUCUUGACACCGUCUUCACGCCACCACCACUACAACAACCACCACCCGAUCCCAUAUCCCACACCACACAGCCUGUAUGGUGAUGCAUCUCUCCCUGCCUCUUUGACAUCUUCUUCACAACAGACCGCCUUCAUGGUCUAGUUGAUAGAAUGUCUGUGCUGCGAGCAAAAGGUCAGUGGUUUUGAUCCCUGGCCACAUGAUACCAAAGGACGCUCAGACAUGGUUCUUAGCAUUAAGGGGCUAAAACAAGGAUUAGUCUGGUCUGAGUCAAGUAUACUGUGUGUGAGUCGGGUAUGCAUGUAAAACUGCUAUAUAAGUGCAAUAAUCUUGAAGGCAAGUUAAACCCCAUUUCACCCCUUUACCACAACCACUGCCCCAUUUCCCAAACCACACCCUGCAGUCUGUGUCAUAGUGCAUCUCUCCCUGUCUCUUAGCAUACCAAUCACCACUACAAUAACAACAACCACCACACCACCCCAGUCAAAUACAAGCCCAGUCGCCUGUGUGGUUGGUGCGUCUUUCCCUGUCUCAUCUCCUUCACACACACCACCACCACAGUGGCCAGAGCCCAUCAGCCGCCAUUCAUACAUGCCAUGGUGACAGCUUGUCCUCAUCAACACAAGCUGUACAACAGAUAGAUUUCAUUAACAUUUCAGCCGUUUUCACUCAGUUGUGUUAUAUUGUAUGCCAGACAUGAUCAGCCUAGGACAUAGGAGGUAACCUUGUGCCAGCUAGUCAACAGUGACUUGGCGAAGCUUUGGGCACUCCCUCUUGCUUGCCAAAGAGAUCAGAUAGCCUUGAUGGGUAGAAUGUUUGCUAUUAGUGAGUGAGGUUGCUAUGGGGGCAGAUACACACCAGCAUAGGUACAGUGGGUAAUGUGCAGUGCUGGAGCACUCUGUAGGACGACAUUCAUCAUCAUCACGCCUUUCAUCCUGGAAGAUCUGAUAACAUUGUUGUACUGCCUCGCAGCAAGCCAAAUGUGAUAAAACAAUACAAUAAUUUUAGUCAAUUUUUAAAGUAGUAUAAAUUGUGAAUGUGAAUACCAUGUCUUUAAUUAUUUUAUCUUGGCAUAACAUUGUCCUAUUUUAACUCCACAUUUAUUUUGAUGAUUUAUUUUACUCUGUGCACAAAGGGGUAAUGUCAACAGUCAACUACACUGGCAUGGAACAAUGUCAAAAUCCAUUUUUUGUUGAGAAAUAAAGUUGUGUGAUGAGGCAUAUAAGGCAUCAGUAAGUGUGUACGUAUAGUGUUAAUAUUAAGUAAAACUGAAGACAUCUUUCUCCUUCCUUGCAUCAAGCAUAGCCCUCCAAAAAGAUUGUUGCUUGUUGGAGUGUAUUUUGCACAAUAUUACACAGUAUGCCAGACUGAAAGCCUAUUUGUUGUUCCUUAAUAAAAUGUUUCUGUAUGACAUGCAAAAUUUAACAGGCUUGAGCAAAACAGCUUGCUAAAUUUCAGUUUCCAUUGACAUCCUAUAUUUGGCCAUGGUUUUGUUCAAAAGAAUCUCUGAAAAUUGCAUAUGUGCUUUGAUCUGACCAGGAUACAUUGGGAGGCUGGGUGCCCAGCAGCAAACCCCAGUUUCACUCAAGUACUUGCUCAGACCAGGGGUAAGGGCUGACCACACUCUUGAGGAGGAGGAGGAUUACAUCAACAGGUCAUCAGGUGUCCAGUUGAUUUUUCCUUAAACAUAUGGUAUGACUUCACAAUGGUAUCAAUCACCUAAAAUGUUAAAUCUUCUCCAGGUGACUACAGAUCUGAACUUGAGUAAUCCGGGUAGCCUGUAUAAUGAGUAUUACAAUGCUCCCAGUAAGGUGCAGUGUUGGAAGACUGGGGUGUUGAGCAGGAGAAGAUCACACUGCCUGUUCCCAUGCUAUCAAGGCCAACAGAAACAAAAUGGCAAUUACAAUUUACAGUAUGGAUACUGAUUCAAUUCCAAUUAUACCUUCAUUAUUUGUUUGAAGAUCUUCUGACCAGUUACUUAAUGACAUUGAGUUGAUCAACACCACCAGUCUUCGCUGAUUUUGUUCCUUCUGCAUUUGCCUCAUUCUAAGUUUACUGAUAUAACAAAAAAUGGCUUAAAUUUGGCAGUUACAUGGCAACAUUUUUGUCGAAUAUUUUGAUGUUGUUUGUAAUACUUGUAUGUCCUCAUCCUGAUUGGAUGAUGUCCGAAACUUAUAUUUUGUUUUAAACCUUUUUUAAAAGUUACACAAUUUAUCUAAAAAUAUAAUUUAAAAUGUUUAUACUGAACGUUGAGCAACUUUAAAAUAUAUAUGAAUAAAUAUAUAUGAAUAAUAUAUAUAUAUGUUUAAUGCUUGUCUAGGGAUACUGAGGUCUUUUAACAAAAGCUGACAUGCAUGCAAGGUUAUUGUGGCUCUCUGAGGGAGUAUUUCCCACUUCCCACUCUGUGUGUCAGGCCCUCUGGUGGGAGCUUAUGUGAGGUAGAUAACUCUGCUAUUCAGAGGUGAACUUACAAUGAGGUGAUAUUUACUCAUUUACUCGAUCUUUAUUGAAAUUGGUGUCCUGCUACUGAUGUGUUUCCAUGUUGUUAUUGUCGUAUGCUAUCUAGCAACAAGAGUGUGCCGUCACAGACUCUCAACUUGAUAGAAAACAGUUUAGAUCCACGUGUUACAGGCUAGUGACUGAAAUAAAUGCUUUUGAAAUAUAAA